GAAAAGCGGGGCUACGGAAGAGGCCUGACCGGGCCGGGCUCGCAUCCCCGCUGCCUGCCGGGGCUUGUGGUUGCGGAGGCCCGGUAUCCGCCACCGGGCCCGGGAAGAUGGUGCUGGGUGGUUGCCCGGUGAGUUACCUACUUCUCUGCGGUCAGGCGGCCUUGCUGCUGGGGAACCUGCUUCUGCUGCAUUGUGUCUCUCGGAGCCACUCGUUCAACGCUACCGCGGAGCCCGAGCUCACGUCCGCAGGCGCCGCCCACCCGGAGGUCUCCGCCGGCGCUCCGAGCUGGGAAUAUGGCGACCCCACCUCUCCAGUCAUCCUUUGCUCUUUCCUACCGGAUGAAUUCAUAGAAUGCGAAGACCCAGUGGAUCAUGUUGGAAAUACAACUGCAUCCCAGGAACUUGGUUAUGGUUGUCUCAAGUUUGGUGGUCAGGCCUACAGUGAUGUGGAACACACGUCAGUCCAGUGCAGGGCCCUGGAUGGAAUUGAGUGUGCCAGUCCUAGGACCUUCCUACGAGAGAAUAAACCUUGUAUAAAGUACACCGGACACUACUUCAUAACCACUUUACUCUACUCUUUCUUCCUGGGAUGUUUUGGAGUGGAUCGUUUCUGUCUGGGACACACUGGCACCGCAGUAGGGAAACUAUUGACACUUGGAGGACUUGGGAUUUGGUGGUUUGUUGACCUUAUAUUACUUAUUACUGGAGGGCUGAUGCCGAGUGAUGGCAGCAAUUGGUGCACUGUUUACUAAAAAGAGCUGCUUUCAUGGCCCAGAGAGGCAAGUCUUCGGAAUUCAUCUCUACAGGCUCAGAACUCUUCCUUGAUAUCAGACCUGACCAUUACUUGCCCUCUUUGGAGGGAAUGGGAUUGGUUAGGAAGAUUUCUCUGGACUCUGGAUUUGCAACCCAAAUGUUACCUUGCUGACUAGAAAUGGCAAGCAAACACUGUUGUGGGAAUUAAAGUUGAUACCUUUUCUCAUGUACAAAAUGUAAAAGCUAGCAACUAAUGUAUAAGCUGCAGAAGGGUUUCUAUACUCUUUACUUCUGUACAUGGAUAUAUCUUCAAUCCUUUGGAGCAAGUGGACCCAACAGGAUGAGCGAAGUGAGUAUUGUUAGCUUUGUGCCUUUUGUGACCCUGAGUCUCAUGCACAGGAGAACUGAAGCAGAACCAAUGGAAAGCUUCAGCAAAAGUAGAAAUGGCCGUGAAUUUUAAUACACACUGAAAUUCUGAAUUUAAACUGCAGAAUAAAUUUUGCCAAUCUGGAACACUGUUUGGAUAUUCUCAGUAGGUAGAGUGAAACUCAAAAUUACAUUUGUUUCACUAAAAAUAGGUGAUUGAAGUAAACUACCCUAUUAAUAAACCCUAUUGUUUCACCAUUAUUAUGCUUAAGGGGCAAUAUAUACAUGGAAAAAUAUAUAUAUAUACAUGAAAAUAUUUUUUUCAUUCCAAUUAUGGUUUGAAAGCCAAGAGUAUAAGAUCUGUCUGGGUUAGUCUAUCCUCUUAGCAGAAUUUUCCUGUCUAAAAAGUAGUAUUUAGCCUAACGAAUGUGGCUCAGUGUGAGCAUCGACCCAAGAACCAGGAAGUCACGGUUUGAUUCCUGGUCAGGGUACAUGCCCAGGUUGCGGGCUUGAUCCCCAGUAUGGGGCAUGCCGAAGAUAGCUGAUUGAUGAUUCUUUAUCAUCAUUGAUGUUUCUAUCUCUCCCUCUCCCUUCCUCUCUGAAAUCAAUAAAAAAUAAAAUAAAAGGUAGUAUUUACCAAUUUAGAGAGCCCAUGUUGAAGGCUGGUAAAAAAGAUUUCAAAUGACUAUAAAACUGGUCUUCACAAUUACAUAAGAGAAAGCGAGGAGCAUUGUGCUCUUGGAAAGAAAAACAGACUCUUAAAGGAUAUUAUUACUGAGUACUGGGUGGAUUUAGGAUGUGAUUUGUGGGGAGAAAGAGAAACAGUGCAAUAAGUUGGGUACCAGAAGUUUUCACUGUGGGUUACAGGAGUCAGCCAUAGAGAAAGAGCCACAACCAAGCUUUCGCAUUCCCAGAUCACUGGGAAUAAAGGAAAUGCUUUGAAUAAUAAGUGGUUUUAAAAACUUAGUUCCUGUCCUUUUUAAUCUAAGUUGCAAAGAACUGUUAAGUACAAAGUAAAGGGGGAAUUUUAUGGAUAAGUCAAAUUAAGAUCCUGUUAUUUGGAAUAAGUUAUAAAUUCUAGAAACAAUCAUGGUAGAACUGCUCAAAGUUUAGUUUCAUAAUAAUUGACUUAAAGACCAAGAAUCACAGUUAACUGGCUGGUGUGGCUCAGUGAUUGAGCGUCAACCUAUGAACCAGAAGGUCAUGGUUCGAUUCCUGGUCAGGUCAUAAUAAAAGAACAUAUUAAUAAAAUAAAAAAAAGAAUCGCAAUUAAAAUAACUCUGGAUAUGCUCUAUCAUUAUGAAAUGGCUUUUCUAAAAAUUUCAGCUCUACUCCUGAUUAAUAUGAUCACCAACUGUUCUGAUAUUAUUAAAUGAUGGCAAUUACGUAAAUAUUAAAACAGAUUAUUCUGUCUUAAAAGUUCUGGACCACACCGACCCCAACCUUGUUUACAACAGUAAUAAUUGGUAGAUUUUUAUUCAUAAUCUCUGUACUCUAAGGCAGUGUGUUUUAAAUUGUGGUCAUGAAGAAACUAGACCCAGAAAAAUACACAAACACAUAAAAUUUUACAUAGGUUUUAAGGGGGUGUAUUGAUGUAACAUUUUUUUUCUAAACUCAAUUCUACGAGAAGCCCUGAAAACAAACUGAAAUUUAAAUCUUACCCAAAAUAAUAUACUACCUUAGGCCACAAAUUCUGCCUCAUCUCACAACUUUUUUAAAAAAAUUUUAUUAAAAUUAAGUCACAAACCCCAUCGAAAGCUAUUUUCUUUUAUUUUAAAAAACACACAUUUUGACAGUUAUCAGACUCAAAUUAUUAGUGUUUGCCAGGAGGAAGAGCUUGGGUAAAAAGAUAAAGUUUUUAAUUUAUUGAAAUAUCUAUUUUAUACAAGUCCUCUUGGAGUCAGAAAAGCUGUUGGAGACCAAAGUUGUUUCCACUGCUAGAGUGAUAACGAGAGUCUUGAAUAAUCUUCUGUGACAAUCCAUAAUUGCCAGUUUCAUUUUGACUUAUAACUGAUAUCCAUCCUCUGUAUCCAUAAACGCUGGCCAAAUGUGAUGCAACCCGAAAAACUGAUUGUGUAAGGGAAUAGUAUUAAAAAUUUGAUUUUCUUUGUA